AUGCGAUCGAGGGUGAAUCUAGUCGCGAUUCUGUUGACACUGAGCUGCGCGGCACGACUGCUGGAGACUGCCAAGUCCGAUGUCAGACAGCAAGGUCUGACGAAAGGCGCCCAUAAGGAUAACGGAUCCAUUGGGAAGAAGAUCUUCAAGGGAGCACAGAAUAAGUUAUCCCCGAUAAUUUUGGGUCCACCAUUAUUGGAGCACAAGACGACGAGUGCCAAGACGCAGAUGAAGAAAGUCCAGGCUCUGGCGAAGGAUUAUCUGAUCGAAAAAGAUCGUCCACGACGAAAGAGACGGAAAAUGGAUCGCACGAUGAUGGCUCUACUGAUGGCUUACAAGAUGAAGUUCGUCGCCCUGGUACCGACCUUGGUCGGCGGUCUGAUCCUCCUGAAGGCGACCGCUCUCCUCGCAGGAUUUUUUUUCGCCCUGUUCGCCGCGGUCCUCGGGCUGAAGGUGCACUGA